UGUUUCAUUUUGACUUGCAAUUCGACAAUAAUUAGUUGCUACAUCUGUACGAAACAUUAAUGUGUGUAACAAUUGAAAUAUUCCGUGGUAAUAUCAAGUGCAGAGUGGCAGCAUUACUUUUGACGUAUAAUAAAGAAAACAAUUCAUGAAUAACUGAGUUCCAACUUCUCAAAUGUGGAAACUAAACGAAAAGCACUGAAAUUGUUUAUUUGUCGAAAACAUUCUUUCCGCUGCAAAAGCAAGCCUUUAACGUUGUAUUAUUGGACAAUCUUCUGUGCAUUAAGAAUAAAGUGAAUUGAAUGGAGUAUUACGCAAACGGAGAAGUAGGUUGCAGCUUAUGUUAGGAGCUGCAAUCUUUUACUUGGCCAAUAUUACACACUACCGAAACAUUUUAUUGAAAGUUUGUUUCUUUUAAAAGAUGUCGGAAUUGAAGUGAUUAAGAAAUGAAAACACUUUGAUCUCCAUAUAAAUAUAACCAUACUAAUGUUGUCGCUUAAACAUUAUGAGUAACUUAGCUGGAUCUGAGGAUAGCACAAAAAUCAUAUCUAAAAUUGUCAUGGAAUGGACCCGUGAAAAAACGCUUACCCUUAUAAGUGAAUACCGUAAACGGAGAGGUUUAUGGGAUAUGACACAUGAUGACUAUAGGAAAAAAGAUGUAAAGCAUAAUCUCUUAAUGGAGGUUAGCUGCAAUUUGGGUGGUAAUAUAUCCGUUGCUGAGAUCGAGAAGAAGUUCCACACUUUGCGUACACAAUAUCACAGAGAAAUAAAUCGAAUGAAACGUAAAGAGCCUUAUAAUUCCAAGUGGUUUGGUUUCAAUAACUUACAGUUUUUAAGUUCUCCAAUGGCGCGACGCGUGUCCCGAGGACGUAUUAAAAAUGAAAUUACGGAAGAGGGGACGGUUACGCCUAAAUAUAUUAUAAGAGAAGCAAAUACGCAACAAAAUGAAAGUAGUGGAAGUUCUGUGAACUCAGGCAGUAACAUAAAUGAAGAGUAUUUAACUGUACAAGCAAAACCAGCUAUAUCAAUCGAUACCAUAAGUAACUCUACACAUUGUCGUAAUACCAGCCGAUCCCGUGCAUUAGAAAAAUUAAUUGAAGAAACCACCAAAGACGUUGAAGAUAUUGAUGACAAACCAAAAAUGACAGUUGCUGUCGGGCAUCAAGGUUAUAAUAGUGAAGUACACACUGACGGCGAUAUACGAAAUCAUAGAAUCCAUUCGGACCACCAACCAAUGGAAGCAGACGAGGAGCAAAUGGAAGCACUUCAAAUACAAACGGUAGAAGAAGAAAUAACGUAUUCAUCGCCAACAGGAGCGGAAAGAUGCGAUACUGGUCCUCCCAAUCAGCAAGCUUUACACCACGCGCCAAUACCAACACAUAUUAUAAAAAUACAACGUCGCGAUACUUGCAACGAAUCUGAGUUUUAUGACGAUGAAAUGGAACAAUCGCAUGAGGAUAAACGAAUUUUUUAUGAGAAUUCUGGUCAGCAAAAUCCCGGAACCCUAAUCUCUUCAAAUCCAAUUUCCUAUUCAUCAAACAGCGUGUUAAACUCCAAAAGCAAGGUUCAAAUCCACCACAAACCAAAUAAUCAGCUAUCAGGACGAAAUGUUGAUAAAAACUCCAAAUCAAAAUCGGUUGCGGCAAUAGUACACUCGGGAGCUGUUCGCGAUGAGUACACAACUUACGGCGAGUAUGUAUCCAAUGAAAUGCGUAACAUAACGAAUCGGGAAGUGUUACUUGGACUUAAACAUAAAAUAAAUACGGCACUUUUUGAAGCACAAAUGGCUGAAUUACAGAAAUGAAAAAUAGAAAGUAGACCCAAUCUUGUUAAUGAAUAAUUUGCGUAAUGAACUAAGUUAAAAAUAAAUUUUAUUUAAACCUUUACCAAAUUAAUAAAUACAAUCAAAGUA